AUGGAUUUUGAUCAAUCCGAACGCCAUUACAUCGGCAAUCUUCUAGAUGAAGAUCCAUCCAGUCCACGCAAAAACGGUAUUUUAUCGAUUAUUGAUUUGAAUUCUUGAUUUAGAUCCAGCUCAAACCUCAGCUACACCUUCGGCCAGGUCCGUAAAGGAGUAUCCAUCUGCGGUACGAGAGUUUUCAUCUCUUUCGAAUGGACCUACUCCUUUAUUAUCAAGUAGUUCAUCUGUUCUCUUGAAUAAUAAUGUCGGUCCUUCUCCAAAUCAGUCUUUUUGGCCGGAGCCUCCUCCGCCUUAUACUCCACCAAUGGGGAUGGCUUCAGUCGCGUUUGGAGGUUGGGAUGGGACGAGUUUGUAUAACAACAAUGGAUUCGGAUAUACUGGGUUUCCCCAUUCUCAAACACCGCCGUUCUAUCAAUUGGAUAACAAAUAUUACGAACAGUGUUAUUCAUCUUUAAUGAGACCUUUUGAUGGUGUUUCGGUGAGUGCUGUUUGGAUUUUCAUUAUUUACUCUGACAUUUAUUACAUGAAUAAAUUUGAAUGUGUUUUCAGGAAAAGUUUAAGAAACAGCAAUUAAAAAGAUUCAGAAAGAACCGAUCGAGGAAUAAUUUGAGUCAGGGAUCCGCGAACUCAGCGGGAACCUCGGAUGGUAUGUAUUCGCCCACAAUUAUUAAUUCUGAAUUUAGCUUUGAAACCUCUGAGUCGAAGAUCGAGUGAGUUGUCCAUCAAGAGUCAGAUCAAGAAGGAAUCGAAGGCUUCCAUCCAGUCGAAGAAAGGUCCAUGCCUUCCCCAAUUAACUGUCAAAGAACAAGAAAGGCCGAAGAAAACGGUUAUUGGAUGGAAUCCGAUCGAAUCGGAUAUUAGAACUAUCAAAAGCGCGCCAGUUGGAUCUUCAAAAUUUCCUGACUUUAAACAAGAAAAGAAAACGGAGACGCAAAAGACCAGUAGCAAGAAAAAGAGUAAUAGUGGGAGUAAACAAAAGACGACUAAUCUAGCUGUAAGCAAGGAUAAUAUCGUUGUCAAGAAGGUUAGCGAGGAAAGAAAGAGUAGGUCGUCUUCAAAAGACAGUUCUACUAAAGAGAAGAUUGUUAAACCGAGAAAAUCUGAAAGUCAGAACAGCAAGAAAGGUAAGGGUUGAUGUUCAUAUCUAAUUGAUCUUAUUUUAGAUGGCGAGAAUGAUAUUGAUUUUGAAAAAUUGGAAGAAUUGCCUAUUCGAGGGAAGUUUGUCGACAAAUCGAGCGAUGAAAUCAAGGAUGGAUAUGUUUGUGAGAAGAACAAUGGACUUCCCAGAUAUUUCGUCCUCUUCAUCACCGUGUUGUCCAAUAUGACCAUCAAUUUGGUGCUCAAGCAGACCUUCAAUAUAAUUCUUUUGGUCUUGACAGCGUAGGUGCUUAAUAUAUUUCUUUUUGAAUUUGUUUCUUUAGAAUUUAUUUUGCCUUAUAUUCCAUCUACGAAUUGUUCUCCAAUUCGAUAAAAUCUGCUUUGAAAUGGUCGAUUAUUUAUGGAGAUCUGACGUUGGACUAUAUCCAUCUCUGGUAUGAUGGAUAUCUGAAAUCCGAUAACUGCGGUACGAAGAAGAAGUACAUUGGACUCGAAUAUAAUGUCCCCUUGCCGCUCUCCGUUCACGAAGCUAUUAAUCGCUUAUGCAAUUUGGACCGAUUGGACGCGUUUUCUGUCCUCGGUCUCAAAUAUUCGAAUAAUAUCGGCGAAGUCAUUAACACCCGAAAUGCAAUUGUCAGCUUUUUACGAUCGGAAAAGGUGAUUUUUUUGUUCUUCGGCCCCAUUUCUGCGGAAAUAUAAAUGCAUUUCGUGUACGAUCCUUUCUUCUUCGGCCUCUUUGUCAGUUGAAUUCGUUUCAGAAUUUUUACCCAGCAAUCGAAUGUGCGAUUGCCUUGGUGAACAAAGCCGCGGACUCUUUAUGCUUAUUGGAUGGCUGCAAAAAGUAUUACGAUGACUUUUCAAAAGUAAGACUGUCUAAAAUAAUAUGAUUUUUACGUAAUUUUAGUUUGAUAAAAAUUUGUUCUACGAAUAUCUAAAGCUCCGCGCCAUUGUCCACAAUGCCGAUUACUACUUUGGCUGUGAAUGUGGGGUAGCUCACCGGGUGUACAGGGUCAGAGGAGCUCCUUUGAGAUUCUGUCAGAAGUGUCGCUGCUUUCACACGGCCAGAAAUAGAGACGUGUGGAUGGAGGCGCGAAUGUAUGGCCUCUCCUGGACUGCCUAUGCGUGUGUCGACAACGCUGUUUAUGAUAUUAUAGAUUGGAUCAGUUGCUCUGUAGGUUUUUUCGGUUUUAAUAUUAAUUUUAAUAAUUUUUGUUAUGUGUGGAAUAAAAAUUGUGUUGUUUUAGCACAACUACAUCAAGAAUCCCCGAAUAAACUCGCACAUGACCCUCUUCCAACUCAAGAAGUCUGAUAUAAUCCCUCCACUCUCUGUAAUGUCCCACAAUGGAAUGAAAAUCAUCUCUCUGCUUUGCCCCCACAAGUUACCCUCGGCAUAUUGCGCGGUACAAAAGAACGGGAUCUGUCUUCGCUGCGAGUCCUGUGUGCUCUGUCAUGGUCGGUUCAAGGAUGUGGAUCUAGAACAAGAGCCCGAUCUGAUCAUGAUCGGGGUCUUCGAAGUGCUCUCCACUUGUUCUAAUGUCAUCGAUUACUCGAUGCUGGAACGACCCAAGAAGGCGGGCCGUCGAAGAUAG